UAUUAAGACUGUUUGCAAAGUUUGUGACGAAUGAGGCGCGUCCACGUGGCCUUCCGUUAGUUCUAUAAGUAAGGACUCUCUGUUCUGCGCUACUCGCAGCUCUUCAGGGAAACUGCUUUGACAUCUUCUUCUUCAGCUCAUCCUAACUGAUCACACUCCUUGAAGCAAAGAAAGCGAGACCGAGGAAAUCGAGAAUGGCGGGUGAUAGCACGGCAACCUGCAUUGACAUCCUCCUGGCCAUCAUCUUGCCUCCCCUUGGGGUCUUCCUCAAGUAUGGAUGCCAGGUGGAGUUCUGGAUCUGCUGUUUGCUGACCCUUUUUGGCUGGCUUCCUGGGAUUAUCUAUGCUGUUUAUGCCAUCACCAAGUAGCCAUAUCAUGAUUUGUGGAGAGAUCUGGACCGUGUAAGACAUGGACGGCCGUGAUUUCUUGGAUCCAUGAAGAUAGAUUCUUCCCAAUGUUCAGCCAGUGUCGUGUCAGUGCUUUUUGUUACUUUUUUUUUUUCUGCCCUUUCCAUUGUGUGUCAUUGACAUUAUUUAUUUGCUGUAAAGUGGUAUUAUUGUGAAUUUAGAUGUUCUUUCUUUGUUUCAUGAUCGUUCAUGGAGUAUUUGAAUUGUUGGGUUGGUUCAUUGGAUUCUAACCAUCGUUCACCAAAUUGGAAUUGA